AUGGCAAAUAAAAUCCCAUUCUCACUAGAGAAGCUACUUGUAGCUCAAGAUAUGCUCAACAUACCUCAAGGUUCCCGCAUGAGUAUUAUCAUGGAAGAGACUUUGAAAAAAUGUGAAAGUCCAGUUAUCAGUGGCGAAACAAGAUUUUGUGCAACCUCAAUGGAAUCUAUGAUAGACUAUAGUACUGCAAAACUUGGAAGUAAUGAUUUGAAUGUAUUGGUUACAAAUCUUCCCAUCAAUUUCAAUUCUGAAAAUCAUCAAUACUCUGUCACCGCUUUGUUUGCUGAAACCAAUUCUAGUUCCAAGCAUGUUAUUUGCCACAACUUAAUGUAUCCAUAUGGUAUAUACAUGUGUCAUGAGGCUAAAGGAACCGAGAUCUUUGAAAUAUCUCUCAGUGGCCCAAGGACAUAUGGAAGCUCUAUACCAGUGAAGGCAAUAUGUCAUGCAGACACUAGUGGUUGGAAUCCAGAGCAUGCAGCCUUCGUGGCAUUGAACGUGAAACCAGGCGAGGAAGGAAUCUGCCAUUUCAUGCUUGAAGGAACUAUUGCAUGGCUACUUGCCAACUGA